UCAACGAAGGAAACAUGGCGGCUUACAUCACCAGAGCUGUGAAGCGGCUAGUUCCUCAGGCGAGCGGUGGCCUCCCGCCCUCCGCCUGGUGGGCGCGGGCCGGAGCGCGGCGUUCUCGCCACCGCGCGGCGGGCCCCUCGCCGCGCUACACGCCCCGCAGGGCGGUGCUCUACUGCCCCGGCGACGACGAGCGCAAGAUGAGGAAGCUGGCGUCGCUGGACGUCGACUGCGCCGUCCUGGACUGCGAGGACGGCGUGGCCCUCGGCAAAAAGACUGAGGCCAGGGAGCUGAUUCCCAGGAUGCUGGCGGAGCUGGACCUGGGCCGGACGGAGAAGUGUGUGAGGGUGAACUCUGUGUCCAGCGGUUUGGCCGAGGCUGACCUGCAGGUCAUCCUUCAGGCUGAGGUCCUCCCGCCUGCCAUUAUGUUGCCCAAAGUGGAGGACACGCAGGAGGUGCAGUGGUUCGUUGGCAGGUUUCGGCACCACUUGAAAGGACGGCCGCUGACGGAGCCCGUCCGCCUGGUAACCUUUGUGGAGACCGCUGUGGGCCUGCUCAAUUUUAAGGCGGUGUGCGAGGAGAUCCGCCGGCUCGCUCCCGGGGCCGGUCUCCACCACGACGGCGUGGUGUUCGGCUCCGACGACUUCUGCGCCAGCAUAGGCGCCACGCGGACUGAAGAUGCCAGGGAGCUCCUCUACGCCAGGCAGAAGGUGGUGGUGACCACCAAAGCGUUCGGGCUGCAGGCCAUCGACCUGGUGCACAUCGACUAUAAAGACGUGGAGGGUCUGAGGCGACAGGCCAGGGAGGGGGCUCUCAUGGGCUUUACAGGUAAGCAGGUCAUCCACCCAGGGCAGAUCCAGGCUGUGCAGGAGGAGUUCUCCCCCAGUCAAGAGAGGCUGCAGUGGGCCAAAGAGCUCAUUGCUGCUUUCGACCGACACCAAAAGGAGGGAAAGGGCGCGUUCACCUUCCGCGGCAGCAUGAUCGACAUGCCCUCGGUGAAGCAGGCCCAGAACAUCCUCACGCUGUCCGCCGCGGUGACGGAGAAACCGCACGACUGACCGGCAGAAAAGGAAGCAGCGAACCGCGUGCACGGCGCCGCUUCGAAGGCUUCACGAACUGUGCGGGCUGCUGGGAUUUAAGUUUCUAAUAAAUGUGGAAAUGUGUUGA